AUGCUGGGACUGUCAAUCUCGGCCAUCUCCAUCCCCCCCCUGAACACCUUCUCCACCCUUCUUCCAUCACCCGCCUGCACAUCGUCGCUCAAUCGGGCGCAUUUAUUCACCAAUCCUUAUUCAUUGUCGCCCAUCACCAACUGCAACUGUGCCUGCGCUUGUAUCCGUACUUGUGCCUGUAUCUGCACCACCACCACCUCGCGUCCGCCUGCAGUCGUCGCUCUUCGGUCCAAGGCGGCCAGGACAACCACCUCCAACACUCCCGGCACCACCACCACCACCACCACCGCCAGUGGCCGCAUUGCCCACGCUCGCAUUGAAGAGACCACCACCGUUCGAGCAAAGACCAAAGCUGCAGUCCGAGCCACUGUUGUCGCUGCAUCCGUCUCUUGCUGCACCUGCACGACUUGGGCUUCGCAUUUCUUUGUCCGAGUCCCCACACAUCACGCAGCAAACCUAAUCGCCCUGCUGCGCGACCCGGCUUUGACCCUCCAACGACGCAUCUCCCCCAGUCACAUCCGAGUCUCACCCUCCUCCUUCUCCUCGUCUUCCUCGCCCGCCUUCUCUUACUCACUGCGGCGCCGACCUCCUCAACCACUCUUCAGGUUCCGCCCGAAAACGCCGCUGCUGCCGCUCAAAGAGGCCCUGGCGAUCUCAAAGAGCCUGGCCCGGGCGCUGCUGCAAACUCCUCUUCGUCGACAAGUCCAAUUCCCCACCGUGCCCCGCCGUCGUCCUCGCGGCGGCCUUCUUCGAACCAUUCUUCCCACGGCUUCCCACGCGAGCAGCACGUCUUCGUCACCGGCCACCGUAGAUGCAUCCGUCGCAAACACUCGCCUCGCCACGCUUUCGCAGCAGCCCGCUUAUCCCGGCGCCUCCCCCGACCUGCAACUUCCUGUAGCCGCUGCCGCCGCCGCCUUGCCCCAAGCUCGCUCUCCAUCCCUGCUCCGCCAAUACGACCCUAAAGAAUACUUCCUGCAGUCUCCCUUUCGGAAUCGUGCAGCCUCCUCUGCUGCCCGUCGACUUCCUCACCUCUCGGCCGCUCGUCUCUGGAACCCGACCAACUCCACCCCCAGGCUUCCCGACAAGCCUGUCCGCAAACGACGCCCAUCGACGCCGCCCCCGCCCGCCGUUCCGCUAUCUCACCCGACCCUCGAUCCAUCCUCCGUCGACCCUUCCGACCCCCUGGGAAUUGGCGCCGGCGACUAUCCGCUGCUGACCCUUCCCGAGCAGCGCCAGACCCGACACUCGACCUCUAAUCGAGGCAGCCUCCAGGUCGAUCGGACCGCCAACGCCGAACAUCGCAUCAGCCUUCCGCCCUCUGUCCGUCACUCGUACGACGGCAGGAGGUCCGCCGAUCCUUCCCCAACCUUUCCGGAUCCCGACUCGGGGCCCGCUGACGACAAAGACGGAAUCUCGGUAGAACCUCCCGCCGACAAUCGACUCACCGGCCUGCGGAAGCGCGGUCAGAGUGUUUCGAACCCUCUGGUCCGAGACUUUGCCAUCACUCUCGACAUCAACAAGGGAAAAGGAAAGGCAGUCAUGGAGCAGGCUACCGAAUCCCCAGGGCGAGGCGCCUCCAAGGAUUUAGAACGAGGUCCGGACGUUCUUCCGCGUCAUUCCAAUGUCUCGGCUGGCGAUGGCAUCGGCUCGGCCAUUUCUUCUUCAGACUCGUCCAUUAUGGGAGAGGAACUGCCGCCGGAUUUGGGCGAGGAAUGGGGCCCGCAGCACCCUUGCUUUCCCCAUCUGAACCCUCACGUCCCUCUAGACUCCCCUGAGUAUCACAACACUAGAAUCAUCCGAGUACGUCGAGACUGGUUAAUAGAAGGCGAUCUGGCCCCGACGUUUUCCAAUCUUUACCCCGAAAUCCUGGAUCCGGCGGGCCUGUCAGAGCAAGAAUUUCGAAGGAUUAUCGACAAAUUGAACAGCGAGCUCAUUCCCAUCUUCAGCCCGUACAAUUGGAGAAACGUGGUGGACGGCUUGCUGGGUCUUGUGACGGGCUGGUUGUGGGACGACUUGGGCUUCACCGGCGUCAAGGCUCGGCUGAAGCGCCUGGAACGCUGGAUUGAUCAGUGGAAUGUCGAGAUGGAGAAGACUGUCGGCAAUGAGGACAGCUCAAUGGCGCCUCGCAUCAUCUCCCUGAGGAAAACCGGCUAUAUGACGCUCGACAUUCAAAUCCCAGAUCCAGAAAUCGCCCCGGCCCCCAGCACACCUGGGGGCUCGAGGUCCGAAAACAUGCCAAUGGAGCCGCCGGCUGCCGUGACGGCCUGA